GAGAUGGAGAAAUGCAGUGUGCCACUGGAUGGUUUCCUGCCGACGUCCUACAUUUUUGCUGCUCUCCAUCAGACGGUUGAUGAUUCAGUCACAUUUUCAGGCACACUGACUAAGAUCAUGACAGAGGCCAGCCUCUCAUUUUUUGACCCUGCAUCUACACCAGCCAGGCAUCAGCUGAAAUACAAGUGUUCCUUCAAGUUUCCAGACAGAGUGCGAGUUAUGAGGAACCUUCACCCCCAUGUUUCAUCGGCCAGUGAUGUUGAAAUGUUGGACACAUCUAACCGUCCAUGGAGGCGCAAGUGUGAAGAGGUCAUGGGGUUUACAGGUUAUGGUUCGCAUUCGCAAUUUGGAGGAGUCUUCAAAGAGGCACUGGCAUGUGCAUCUUUGUCCCGCAGAUGUUACAGAUUAUUCUCAUCGAUUAUUGUGAAACAUCAGGACCUGCAUGUCAGUGUCACAGCAAACAUGUUUCGCGGUGUUGCUGGUGCUAGAGAUGAGCAAUUCAUUUUUAACUGCCUUCGGAGAGUUGAUGACUGUGAAAUGAGCCUUGCUGACAUGAAUUCAGCAUUGAAGAAAGACAAGCUUAACAUAGGCUGUCUGAGGACUGAAAUCAGCUCACUGAAACGGCAGCUGAGAGAGAAGGAUGAGGCACUCAAAGAGGCCAGGGAGCAACUUUGGAGGCUGCAAGAGUUGCGUCAGGACCAGCAGCAGCCGGACGUUUACUCAUUCAUUGCAACACCCCUGCAAAGAAGAUGCAAUUACAGUAGGCCAGUGUAUGCACCAUCGGAGAGUGAGGAUGAAGAGACGACCACUACUGACAGACCACCAACAAAAAACUUCUUACCCUCGGAGAGCGAGGAUGAAGAGUCGACAACCUCUGCAGGCGAGCAACCACCAACUGAUUACAUUUUAAAGCUCUCAGACAGCGAGGAUGAGGAGACGACCAACACGGACGAGCAACCACCAACAAAGAAGAGCAACAAUCAACCAAAGGAGCUGUCCAGCAACAACAAAACAGAAACACAAAGAUCAAGAAGAAACAGACAUCAGGUCAAGAAAUUGAUUGUUGGGCAGGCUGUAUCUGCCAAAUAUAGGGCAGUCAGGAAUGGAGAGGUGUUCGAGGAAUGGUUUGAGGGUACCAUUGUAUCAGUCAUGCUAUCAGGAGAGAAGGUGAAGGUCAAGUUUGAAGAUGGCUGUGAGAGAGUGUUGGGGCCACAAGAUAUUAAAUUAUUAUAAAUGUUUAAAUGUGGCAAUGAUGUUUUUAUAGUUUGUUUUAAAUUGUCAUACAAAUAUAGGUUCUUGCAUGAGUGGUCGUUUUGUAUUGAAUUUAUUAAACAAGUCAUCUAAAUGGAGAUAAAAACGCAGCUUGCCGAGAUUUUAUCUUUAUUUAGAUGAUGAGUUUAAUAAAUUUAAUAAAAAAUGACCACAAUUCUAAGAUUCUAUUUAUAAC